AUGAAAAAAAACGCAGCAAAGGCACAGAAUUGUGACGACGACGACGUGACUCUCGCCGCUCGCUCGCCCCCCGCCCUGCCCGUUGAGAGAUCAAUGCUGAUAGAGAAGGAGACAGAGGGAGCAGACAUGUUUUUGCCGUUCCACUUCUUUCUUCAGACACAGCCAGGGGACACGGGAGGAGGGAUGAUGGUAGCUUCAACCUGCCCUCGCAGCACAAUUGGGCUGCCUGCCAUGAGUCCGAUGAUUUAUGAUGCCGUCAAAUC